AUGGAUUCUCCCCAAAGGCAGCCAAUGGAAGAAUCAGAAGCAGAUGCACAUUCACAACCAACAACUUACGGCUACCAUUCACCGCAACCGCUCUAUGAAGUAUAUGCACCACCAACAACUUACGGCUCACCGCAGCUGCUGGAGGAAUCUGAAGCUACUCUCCUUUCCCCUUACAGCUCACCGCACCCGCUGGAGGAAUCUGAUUCAGAUUCCAGCCCUUUUCCACGCUUCUAUGAGUAUGAAUUAGACUUGUAUGACUUCGAUGGGACAAACUUCCAUCUUUUGGGUGUACACGGCAUCCUUUCUAUCGGAACAUUCUCUACAGAGACAUUAUUAGAGGCACAUGAUCCAUUACGCGAUUCCACUACCAAGUUCACAAUGUCUGCUACUCUUGCUAGUCGUGUCUCUGACGUUGACAGAGAUUUCUUGAAAUUAAAUGUAACGUGCUGGGUGUCAAUACCAGGUCAAAUGCAAAUGGAGGAGAAACCACAUAGCUCCGAACUACUUGCUGUGGAUGAACACUUCAAAGGUGACAUGCCCAAUUGGCUGCCUGAGGAUUUCCUAACGGGCAGUGAUAAGCAAUACCACGAGAUGGAAGAAUCAGAGGUGCAAGAAGAAAAGGAAUGGCUUCUUCUCUACGCUCAACUCGCAUUCUUUGCCGUGAUGGGAAGUUCUUAUUUUUUAAAAGACAAACCAACGCCACUUGAGCUGGUAAAGAUAAUUGUGCAAACCAGACAAGAUGUGGAGUCGAAGAAGAAGGCGAAGGCGAGGAAUGCAAUCUUCUACAUUAGCUUCAAAAACAGUGGCGGUCAAGACCACAAUGCUAUCAUAAGGAUGACAAUAGCUGAAACGCCACAUCCUAUGUCACUUGAAGUCAUAUGUCGCUUGAAGUCGAGUGUCUGA